AUGACCCGGCCGCUGUCUGCCAGUAGGGCUGUUGUUAGACAGCCCAGCGUCACAAGAUCUCGAUAUGCCUUUCGCAGAAGAAGCUAUCCGUCGCGUACCCGCAACCUGCAAAGGCAGCAUCGCCUUGCCCUCGGUGGAAACUCCAGGAGUCAGAAGACGUUGACUCAACUCAACUUCGUCCUACCGCAGGAUUAUCCAGGGAGUGAGGAUGAUGAUGCGGGCUCCCAGCUUGAAGCGGAAACCACCGAUGGCGAAGAGCGUGGAGGGCCACGACCAAAGAAACAAACCAUAAGGGAUCAUUAUGGGAGGAAGAGGAAGAGGCAGAGAGACGAUAGGCCGAACAGAACGUUGACGCAGAUGGUGAACGUUGACUGGACUCUUCCUCGUGCUGAUAAGAAUGACUCUGGGCACCACAAUUCUAGGCACCCACGAAAGAGACGCGGCGUUGAGAUGGAGACAAUCUUGGAAGAUGUUGAAAAUGACGUUGAUGAAGGAGAUGGGGCCCCAAACCCACCGGCUGAUAAUGUUCCCAAAGAAGGUGAAAACAAACUGGAGGAGCUGCCGGCAAGAAAGGGCCAGUCUCGCCGGGAAAUAUCCUCUGAACAGGCAACGAGACAUGGCAAAAUGCUACCACCGACUAAUCCUGUCACGCCCCGCAAGCAAACACGCUGGGUUAUCCCCUCGUCUCAAUCUCCAGAAAGUCCUGAAAUCACCUUGAACAGUCCGAGAACUCCAAGGAGUGUCAAAAACAGCCCCGUUCGACUGUCAUUGGCUUCCCCUGCAGCUCCAUUAUUCAAUAAACGCAGGUCAUUGCUCAGGUUCGAUGCAAACGAUUAUGACUCGCAGGUUGUGCCAGAUGAUGGCUACUUUGGUAUUUCUGCUCCAGGAAGUCCAGCCUCUGCACUCUCUUCCCCAAGAGCUAUUUCCGACCCGUCGAUCUCGUUCGGAGAGGAUAUCAAUGCUCGGUUCAAUGCCACACGUAGAGAGCGCCAGACACAAGAACUCCAGGCUUCAGAGCCAGGACAACCGGAAUGCAUUGUUUAUGAGACAGAUGGCGAAGCAAAGCCUGAAUCUAUGGAAGAUGUUUGUCCAAACGCGCCUGGAAUUAAGGGGACACAAAAGUCUGGAUCGAGCGAUCAGGAUGGCCCUCAGCUCUCUCCUGAGAGUAAUAUCGAGCAGUCAAGCCAGAAUAUCCCAGCUUCAACUUACAUGUCUGAUACAAUGUCUGUAUACUAUACACGCCAGCCCAUGAGCUAUGCGUUUGAAAAGUUUCAUGCCUCACAGUCUUCAAAGGACGUUUCCGAAUCCGCGAGGUAUACGGAGAUCGUUGAAUCUUCGCAGUCUAAUCUCCUAUAUAUCGGUGACUCCGAUAAUCAGGAAUCUCUGGCAAAAGCACGUCCACAGCAUGAGGGGGAGAACACCAGCUCAACUCGACGGAACGAUACUGAACCUAAUCAAGCCGCGUCAGCUCUAUCGCCAGUGGUCCAAGUAGAAUCAUCUCAACGUUCCGAAUCAGAAGUGGAAGUGGAGGUUCCCGGCUCACAGGCUUUGGAGACAGGGACUCAGACACGGAGGAUAAUAACAUGCAGCCAACUCCUCACUGAGAGCUUAAUGGAGAGCAUACCUGGACCACCUACCUGGGCUCCGGGGCCACAUAGUAACGAUAUUAAUGACCUUAAUGAUGACGGCACGGCGCCGCAUGAAAGUUAG